UGUUAGGGAGGGCGGUCCGCAGGAGCACAAUGACUUUUCAGACAGUAAACUAGUAAUGCGAUGAGGACUGACCAAAGCAGAACAAUGACAUGCGAGUGCCUCAAGCGCGGCAUAGCCAGCAUUUCCACAAACUGACGUCGGUGACCUGCUUGAGCAUUUUGGAGGAAUUCUGCAGAGGUCCUGCAUCUGUUUGAGCAGUCAAACAUAGUAGCCCAAGUAACGGGCGAUCCAGGCGCAAGGGCGAGGCGAAGACAUUGGAUAGCAUCGUCAUCAGAUGCGCAAACCAGUGGGACAGGUUCCAAAAAAGCAGUGACAAAGGAUGUCUAUUUAGGACUUUUUACGCAUUCACGCUUCCCCACUCCAGGCAACGGAAUUUAAAAUGAUGUCACUUAUAGAGUUGAACGAUGACCAGAGAUGGGUGCCUACACAUGUGAAUGUCACUGUCCUUCGUGCAAGGGGUUUGCGGACGAAGGGCAAGCACGGGAGCCGUUAUGUUUACACCAUCAUUCAAGUUGGGAAGGAGAAAUACACCACCGGGUUGGUCGAAAAGGCGACUGUGCCAGAGUGGAAUGAGGAAUGUUGUUUCGAACUUCUCCCCGGAAUACUGGAGGCUGGGGGUCGCAGUGCAUUUCCUUCAGGGAGCGGCGACUUGGUCCUCACGGUCAUGCACCGGGUGCUUAUCGGACUUGACGUGUUUCUUGGUCAAGCAAUCGUCCCCCUGGAUAAAAUAUUUCAAGAUGGAAUGUGUCCUAGAGAUGAAUGGCUCAAACUCAACUCCAAGGCCAGCCGGAAGGAGAAGGAGCGUGGCGAGAUACAGGUAACGGUCCAGUUCACGCGCAACAACAUGACAGCCAGCAUGUUCGACCUUACCAUGAAGGACAAGCCGCGCUCUACCUUCGGCAAACUCAAGGACCGCGUGACGGGGAGGAAGAGGGGCGACAUGGAGUCCUCCUCGGCUAUUGUGCCGGGACGCUUCGCCGCCCUGUCGAGUUCCCUGGGGCAGCCAUUCGGGGAGGGGAGUGGAGGGGGAGAGGACCCCGGGGAGGUAGAGGUAGCCGAGGAGAAGCGGAGCAAGGUGAAGGAUUUUUUCCUGGGUAAGGGAAAGCUGCGGAGGUCUUCUGACACGAGGUCGUGUUCGUCGCUGGCCUCAGAAAGCAGCAUGUCGUCCACGACCAGUGAGAGCCACUGUCCCCCUUCUCUGGGUCUAGGCCUCCUGGUGGACCCCCCCAGCUCCCCCAUCUACAGCAGCAAGGUCAAAGACACCCACCACAGAGAUACAGACCUAGCUAAAAAAGUGCUUACCACCACACAGUCUUCCCCAAAGAUACUGACCCACAAGCGAGCCUUCAGCGACGAGGCGAGUAGGAUCACCACGACUGCCAUUCCCCGGCCCUGUCCUGCUGUGGAGUCCCUCAAGGGUCAAGGUAUGACUCUCUCCCAAUCCUCUCUGUGCAUCAACGGAAGCCACGUCUAUGGAUCUGAACCGGUGGGUCCCAAGGGCUCAAGCACCCUUCCAUCCAAGCUGGUCCUGCUCGAGAAGUGCUCCCCUCUCUCUCGUUCGCUGCAGAACCUCACAAAGCGGAGCGAGGACAAGGGUUCCGCUGGCGAGGGCCGGCGCUGGUCCUUCGACAAGGUAAAGAAAGACGAGAAGGAUGAGGAGAAGGAGGCCGAACCUCCAGUCUCCCAGUUUCAAAGUGCUCGAGUGGGGGGUCGGCCGGUGCAGGCAGCAGCCCCGAUGCUGUCUUCUACUACCACGGUGGACUCAGCAGACAAAGGGAAGAAGCUCAGAAAAACGUUAUUCUCCGGAGGGAGGAGUGAUUCUCUACCUGCCAAGUCCGAGCUGAGCCAGGGUUCUCCUCCCCCUGAGGGGAGACUGCGAGGCUGGUUUGGCUCCAGUGACUCCCAGAACAAGCCAAGCCCCCACCCAGUGAAGCCCUUGACCACCACAGCCAGUCAGGGGGAGAAGAAAGAGGGCCGGUCAGUUCUGGAGAAGCUCAAGUCUUCCAUCCACCCAGGCCGCUCUUCCCAGCAGACACUGGCCGUGGCUGAGACUGAGAAGAAGAUUGAGGAAUCGUUAGCAGACAGCUCGGCCCAGUACGAGCAGCUGACAAACAUGGAGCUGAUUUCCCUUCUGCUGCAGCAGGAGAUGGAUAUGGAGAAGCAGCAGGUGGCCUCCGACCAGCAGGCGGUGAUGCUGGAGAAACACGAGGCGGAGCUGAAGAAGAUCAAGGCACAGGUGCGCGACCUAGAGGACUACAUCGACAAGCUGCUGGUGCAGAUCAUGGAGCAGACACCCACACUCCUCCAAGUGCGCUCCCGGCACAAGUGACCACUAGUGCUAGUUUGUGCACAUAUAAUCAGUAUAAUAUAGGGCCAUGGUCACCAUCAAACCCUGGUCCUGGAGAGCUCCUAGGAUGAGCAGACAAUUGUUCCAGCUCAGUCCCUAUAAUAGUGCAUUUAACUAGAUUUGGUGGUCAGUUGUUUAGCCAAUCAGGUGUUAUAGUGCAGGGCAUGAAACAAAAGCCUGCACAUCCAAGUAGUUCUUGCGGACCAGGGUUGGUUACCAAUGUUCCAGGGUCAGGUGUAGUCCAACAGAUCCCUAAGCAAAUACUAAAUCUCACAACCAUCCAGGUUUCACUGCUGAUACCCUGCCCUGUUGAUAUAGACACAAUAUUACCCAUGUGCAUGCUUGCUAUUGCUUUACACUCACUACUUAGGAUAAGGAGAGUGACAGCUUUUAUCAAAAGUACUGCAAGAAUUCUUAUAAAUGUGCAUUGAUGAAGAAUAUAGAAAAUGUCUUCCUAUUCAUAAAGUGUACAGUAAAUGUAAUAUUCAGUGGUAUAAAUUGUUCUUACGUGAUAUGACAUUGCAUAAAAUUCAGAAAACAUUGAAGUGUUUGAAUUAGUAUAAUAAUGACCCAAAUUGUCUUCAUCGUGGUAAAUACUGUCAUUAUUUGGCAUACGACUCAAAAACAGACUGACCCGAGGAGAAUUCCACUGAACUUAAAUUUGUUUACAUGGAGAAAUGUGAGCUUCAGCUAGUGUCAUAUUGUGUAAAUUAUUAUAAAAAAUAUAUCAAAAUGAAAAUGCAUGAAGACAGAUGUCUUAAAUAGACUGCUUUGAAGGAAAUUCCGGCUGAACUCAAAUUUGUUAAACUGGAGAAAGAUCAACUUGAGCUAGUGUCAUAUUUUGUAAAUGAUUAUAAAUAUAUAUAUAUGUGAAAAGAAUAUAUAGGAAAACCAUGUGAAAAAUAGAUAAACAUUUGGUAAGAGAACAAUGAUUUCUUAUACGAUGCUGCUGUAUGAAAAGCCAAAACGAACAAGCGCUAAUGAUUUUUUCUUUCUCCUAUUUAAGAAAAAUAAUAAUAAUUAAUUUUGCAACAUAUGCGACGACACGUGACACCUUUCUCUCAAAAUGAAUUUGAGAAUGUAUGCAAGUUGGAAAUAUCCUCGGCUUUGAUAUAAUUUACUAUUCAUUGAUGAAGUGUGUGCAAAGAAUAAAGUGACAAAUGUUCAUGUGAUAAAGGUAGGUACUCCAAAAUGAAUUCAAAGGCAUUGAUUUAUGCUAAGUUAGGUAUAUGUUCACAUUUUGGUUUCAUUCGAAAAGAGAAUGAAUACAAUUACAGAUAUUUUUGGGGGCUAAUCAUUUUUUAUAUGACAUUGUAUUAUGGUAUUAUUUAGUGCAGUACGUCAAUACAGUACUAUAAUUUAAAUGCUAUUCAUGACCUAAGCACUGUAACAUGUAAAAUAAAGAAAAUUGCUUAUCAAAUGA